AUGAGCUGGAGAUCUGUGUGGUUGGGUUUCCUGCUUUUAUCGGUCGCCAGCGUCACCGAUGUCAGGGCCAGACUGGUUCGCAACCAUGUCAGCAGCAUCUGCAGCACGUGGGGCAGAGAGCACUUCAAGACCUUUGAUGGAGACAUGUUCCAGUUUCCUGGUUUGUGUGAGUACAACCUGGUCUCCGACUGCAAUGAGAUCUAUCAAGAGUUUUCAGUUCACAUGAAGAGAACGGAGGAGGAUGGGAACCCUACCAUCAGUUAUGUGGGCGUCACCAUCAAUGAGCUGUUCUUUCACCUCAGCAAGAGUCAGAUCACUGUCAACAGCCAGCAAGUGACACUGCCAUAUCACAAAGGAGGAGUCCAGCUGGACAAUAAUGGAGUUUAUAUCAAGCUCCAGUCUAAAGUUGGAUUUACUGUCAUGUGGAAUGGAGAAGAUGCAGUCAUGGUGGAAGUUGAUAGUGACUUCUCAAACCGUACCUGUGGUCUCUGUGGAGACUUCAAUGGAAUUCCGGUCUACAAUGAGUUCAUUCACAACGGUCGUAAAAUCAGUCCGAUCGAGUUUGGCAACAAACACAAAGCCCACCGCCCAAACGAUGACUGCGAGGACCCCUAUGAGGAGGAAGAGGAGGAUGGGACGGUGUCCGGUUCCUGCAAAGAAUUUGAGGGUAUUUGUGAAGACAUGUUCCACUCAAAGACCUGGAGCUCCUGCACCAAACUGAUCAACCCUAAAGCGUACAUCCAGGCCUGUGUGAAGGACAUGUGUACCUGCAGCAACGGCACCAAGGAUCACUGUGUCUGCAGCACACUGUCUGAGUUCUCCCGCCAGUGUUCCCACGCAGGAGGACAACCUCCCAACUGGAGAACACCUCAAUUCUGUGCUAAACAGUGUCCGUACAACAUGGUGUUUGAAGAAAGCGGUUCUCCUUGCAUGGAUACUUGCACACACCAGGAUGCAAGUUCACUGUGUGAGGAACAUAAAAUAGACGGCUGCUUCUGUCCUCCUGGAACUGUGUUUGAUGAUAUUUCCAUGAGGGGGUGUAUUCCUAAGACUCAAUGCCAGUGCAAGCAUGACAAAAUCUACAACACUAAAGAGGUUUACAGACAGGAUCGAGAGGAAUGUACAUGUGUUGAGGGAAUUUGGGACUGUGUGAGUCUUGAAACACCUGCUACGUGUUCAGUUGAAGAAGGUUCACAUUUCACUUCCUUUGAUGGCAAAAUCUACACCUUCCACGGAGAUUGUUAUUACACCCUGGCCAAGGUGGACAGCAAGGAUGGAAAAAGUCCAAAGUUUACGAUCCUGGCCCAGUUGGUGCCAUGUGCACACCAACAGUUUGACACUUGUUUGAAGGCUCUCAAAAUUCUGCUGAACAACGAUAAAAACAACGUUUUAACAUUCAGUCCUGAUGGCUCAGUUAGGCAGAACAGGCAGACUGUCAGUUUGCCCUACUACUCAGGUGACAUCAGCAUAUUCCGUGCAUCAUCCUUUCACAUCUUGCUCCAGACGAACUUUGGGUUACAAAUUCAGAUCCAACAUGUUCCUCUGAUGCAGGCCUACAUCAGCCUGGAACAGAGCUACAGAACAAAGACACGGGGUUUAUGUGGGAACUUUAACAUGGUCCUGAACGAUGACAUGAAGACCCCUCAGGGCAUCGUGGAGGGAACCGCAGCCACUUUCUGUAACUCUUGGAAGGCUAACCUCAUGUGUGCUGACACAGAGGAAAGACUUGAUGACCCCUGUUCCCUCAGCGUAGAAAGUGAGUUGUAUGCUAAACACUGGUGCGCCUUGCUCCUAAAACCAAACAGCACAUUCUCACAGUGCCGCUCUGUGGUGGAUCCUGAGAUCUUCUACAAGCGCUGCCUUUAUUCCAGCUGUAACUGUGAGAAGAGCGAGGCCUGUCUGUGUAGCGUCUUCUCCUCAUACGCUCGAGCCUGUGCAGGAAAGGGAGUGAUCCUGACAGACUGGAGAGAGAACGUGUGUGAAAAACACACAAAGAGCUGCCCGGAGUCUCAGAUCUUCUCCUACAAUCAUCAGAGAUGUCAGCUGACUUGCAGUUCACUUGCCUCGGAGCAGCAGACCUGCUCCUCUGACUUUGUCCCCGUGGAGGGCUGCUCCUGCGCUGAGGGGCUCUAUUUGAAUGAAAAAGGUGUUUGUGUCUCCAUGGCAAAAUGUUCUUGUUACCAUAAUGGAGCCUACAUUAAGCCAGGAAAGUCCAUCAACAUCAAAGAUGAACACUGUGUGUGCAACAAUGGAAAGCUUCAUUGUCAUUCUUGGAGAACCCGAUCAUCAGGACAUAUUUCUUUUGUUACAGGGUGUUCUUCUCCAAAAGUCUUCUUCAACUGCUCCUCCGUCGGGUCAGGGGAUCUUGGACUCCAGUGCGCUCGAACUUGUUUAAAUCUGGAAAGUGAUUGCGAAUCCACAGAGUGUGAACCCGGCUGUCGCUGUCCUGGUGGGCUCCUUGAUGAUGGUAAUGGUUUCUGUGUGGAGGAAAAAGACUGCCCGUGUCAGCAUGAUGGACAAUAUUUUGCUCCUGGAGCAAAAAUUCCAAAUCAGUGCAACAGCUGCACCUGCAAGAGUGGGAAAUGGGAGUGCACCGAGGAGAAAUGUCCAGGAACCUGCGUUAUUUAUGGAACCGGACACUACAACACGUUUGAUCAGCGAACAUAUGGGUUCCAAGGAGACUGUGCGUAUGUUGCUGCCAGGAAUAAAUGUGGAAACAAAACAGUUGUGAACAACUUUGGAAUUAUCACAGAAAAUGUACCAUGUGGCUCUACCGGCACCACAUGCUCCAAAACAGUCAGAAUUCAACUUGGGCGAACAGAAAUCAAACUAUCAAAGGGUAAAUACGAAGAGGAAGAUCUGGAAGUGGGCCCAGAGAUUCAGUACAGAAUAAGGACGGUUGGUUUGUACCUGGUGGUAGAAUCUAAAAUUGGUGUGGCGGUGAUGUGGGAUCGCAAAACGACUGUCCGCAUCCUGCUGGAACCACAACACAGCGGUGAGGUGUGUGGCCUGUGUGGGAACUUUGAUGGGGAUGGCCAGAAUGACUUCACCACUCAGGGUCAGCUGGUGGUGAGCAACCCACUGGAAUUUGGGAACAGCUGGAAAGUGUCCAGCACUUGCCCCGAUGUGGAAGAGAAUGUCGAUGCUUGUGAAGCAGCUCCCCAACGACAUCACUGGGCCAAAAUAAUGUGCAGCAUCAUAACAGGAAACACAUUCAAAGACUGCCACCACAAGGUUGAUCCGCAUCCAUUUUAUGAAAACUGUGUGAAAGACUCAUGUGCCUGCGACACAGGAGGAGACUGUGAGUGCUUCUGCUCAGCUGUUGCAGCGUACGCUCAGGCCUGUAACGAGGCCGACAUUUGCGUUGCGUGGAGAACUCCAGACAUAUGCCCUCUGUUUUGUGAUUAUUACAACCCUGAUGGAGAGUGUGAGUGGCACUAUGCACCAUGUGGAAAAUCAUGCAUGAAGACAUGUAGCAAUCCUUCAGGACGAUGCUACAAUCAGCUUCCAGCAUUAGAAGGUUGCUAUCCAAAUUGCCCACCUGAACGACCUUAUUUGGAAGAAGAUACCAUGAUGUGUGUACCAGUUACAGGAUGUGGCUGCUAUGAUGAUAAUAAGACCCAUUAUAAAGAGGGGGACUCGAUGCCAACGGAAGACAAUUGUCACAGUUGCUUUUGCUCCUCAACAGAAAAAAAGUGUGUCUAUGAUGUAAAAGCUUGCUACUGCACCUAUAUGGGUCGUAUCUACAAGUAUAAUCAAAACGUGUAUGACACACAUGACGGAGAUGGAACUUGCAUCAGUGGUGUUUGUGGGCAGAAUGGGACUAUCAUCAGAGUCAUGCAACCUUGUGUUACAACUCCAUUUACCACUAGUCCAAAAACCACUGCAACAGUCUUCACAUUUACAAAAACAAAUACUGAGAUGCCCACAACAGUAACUGUACAGACUUCUACUGCAACACAGGCUGUGACAACAAUUGUGACUUUCUCAACACUGAAAGCAACAACGCGAUCUAAAUCAUCAACACCUCCAACAACAGAAAUCCCCACAACAAGUGUAACUACUGAAAAAUCCACAACAAAACAACCCACCACAACAACCAUUAAAACAUCAUCCCCAACACCUCACAUAGGAACAUCUACCACCACACCAGGCUUUGAAGCAUCUACCACAACAUCUCACAUAGGAACAUCUACCAUAACAGCAGUCAUUGAAACAUCUACCACAACACCAGUCAUUGAAACAUCUACAUCACUUAACUGCUACAUUUGUAAGUGGUCAAAGUGGAUUAACAAUCAUUACCCUGGGUCUGGACGUGAUGAAGGGGAUUAUGAAAAAUUUACAAAUAUUUCUGAUCCAGACAUAAGUAGUUGUCACAAACUUUUUGAAAUUGAGUGUCGAGCUAAAGAUUUCCCAGAUAUACCUUUGAAGGAUUUAGRUCAAAAUGUAGUUUGUAAUCCUACCGAUGGACUGAUCUGUAAUAACAAAGACCAAGGUAUUAUUCCUAAGUGUUACGACUAUGAAAUACGAGUCAAGUGUUGUGUUUACAAUUGUGAAACCACUACAACAGAACAUACCACAAAUCCAACAGAAAGGUUUUCCACAUCACCACACAUAGGAACUUCUACCACACCUUACACUGGAGCAUCUACUACAACACCAGGCAUUGAAACAUCUACCACAACACCUCAAAUAGGAAAAUCUACCAUAACACCUCAAAUACGGACAUCUACCACAACACCAGGUAUUGAAACAUCUACCACAACACCUCACAUUGGAACAUCUACCACCACACCAAGCAUUGAAACAUCUACCACAACACCUCACAUUGGAACAUCUACCGCAACACCUCAAACAGGAACAUCUACCACAACACCAGGCAUUGAAACAUCUACCACAGCAACUCACAUUGGAACAUCUACUACCACACCAAGCAUUGAAACAUCUACCACAACACCAGGCAUUGAAAUAUCUACCACGAUAUCAGGCAUUGAAACAUCUACCACAACACCUCACAUAGGAACAUCUACCACAACACCAGGCAUUGAAAUAUCUACCACCACACCAGGCUUUGAAACAUCUACCACAACACCUCAUAUAGGAACAUCUACCACAACACCAGGCAUUGAAACAUCUACCACCACACCAGGCUUUGAAACAUCUACCACAACACCUCAUAUAGGAACAUCUACCACAACACCAGGCAUUGAAACAUCUACCACAACACCUAUCAUUAAACCAUCUACCACAACACCUCAAACAGAAAUAUCAACAUCUCAUUAUAUAGAAUCUGCUACAACAAAAGCCAUAACCACCCCCAAAAUUAUUACAAAUCCAUUAACAACACAAAAGCAUUCAACAGGUAAUGUUGUAAAAAUUACUACCACAAUUCAUACUGAAACACCUACAACCACUAUAACUACAGGAAAGGUCACCACAACAACUCACAUGGAAACAUCUACUACCACACCUGGCAUUGAAACGUCUACCACAACACCUCACAUAGGAACAUCUAUCACCACACCAGGCAUUAUAACAUCUACCACAACACGAGGCAUUGAAACAUCUACCACAACACCUCACACAGGAACAUCUACUACCAGAGCAGGCAUUGAAACAUCAACGCCUGGCAGAACAACAUUGUGUUCCUGCAAAUAUAUGGGUCAUAUUUUCUCCCCAGGAAGUUUUAUGUACAAUAAGACUGACGGAGAAGGCUGGUGCUUCACUGCAUAUUGCAGUCUGACAUGCAGUGUUGAAAAGAAUGCCAGACCAUGUCAAACUACAACUCCUCCAACUACCACAAGCUCUGGCAUUUCGACACACAAGAGCUCAACAUCCCCGCCUCCCACUGGCUGCUUAUAUCUCACACCACCUAGAAAGAAUGGAGAAACAUGGAGUUCAAGUAAUUGCAUAACCGAAAAGUGUGAAAAUGGAAAAGUAAUCAUUACACAUGUCCCAUGUCCACCAGCACCUAUGCCUGUCUGCGUUAAUGGAUACGCACCAGUAAAGAUUUAUGAUAAAACAGGCUGUUGUUUUCAGUACCAGUGCAGAUGUGUUUGUGCAGGCUGGGGAGAUCCUCAUUACGUUACAUUUGACGGCGAGUAUUACAGUUUCCAGAAGAACUGCACAUAUGUCUUGGUCAAGGAAAUAGUACCUCGAUACAAUUUUACAGUUUUUAUUGACAAUGAAAACUGUGAUGCUACUGGAACUAUAACCUGUGCCAAAGCCUUGAUUGUGCAUUACAAAAACUAUGAAAUCAUUCUUACACAAACAAGAGGGAAAAAAACUGAGAAUCUGGCUUAUGUCAAUGGGAAUCGAGUGUAUCCGACCUACAUCAAUGAAGAUUUCAACAUUACAAGCACAGCAAUUCAGCUGGUUCUGCAAAUCGCCAAAAUUGAAGCCGUUGUAACAUUCAAAGGGCUUUUAUACAGCGUUGAACUGCCAUUUUCCCUAUUCCAGGGUAACACAGAGGGACAGUGUGGCGUUUGUGAUAAUAACGUAAGAAAUGACUGCAGAUUACCAAAUGGCAGAAUUCAUCCAUCAUGCUCUGACAUGGCAAAUGAAUGGCGUGUAGUCGAUAAGAAUAAACCAUAUUGUAAUGCCAUACCAACUCCCAAACCACCAAUACUGCCAACACUACCACCACCACCACCACCACCACCAUGCACACCGGCUAUCUGUGAAAUUAUAAUGAGCGAUGUGUUUAAGGAAUGCCACAAUAAAAUUGCACCCGGGCCAUAUUAUAAAGCCUGUAAGUUUGACGUUUGCCACACAAAUUCCACCUUGGGCUGUUCCAGUUUGGAGGUCUAUGCAUUGUUGUGUAAUGCGGCAACUGUCUGUGUAGACUGGAGAAAAGCUACAAAAGGACAGUGUGCAUAUAAAUGUCCUGAAAAUAAAGUCUACAACCCUUGUGGUCCAACAGUUGAAAGUACCUGCAAUGCAAAAUUCAACGAACAACUUAACAAGCAGUGCCAAACAGGUGGUCAGUCUUGCAGUGAGUUCAGGGAGGGAUGUUUCUGCCCGAAGGGAACGACUCUGUUCAGUUUAACCUCGGACGUCUGUGUCGCUGCCUGUUGCAUUGGCCCUGGUGGCAAACCUCAACAUAUUGGUGAUAUGUGGCAAAGUGACUGUCAGCAGUGUGUUUGUGAUCAACACUCUUUGAGUACGGUGUGUGAGCCCAUUACCUGCUCCCCACCUGAACCAAUAAAUUGCACUGAGGAAGGUGACGUGUUGGUGAACAAAACUGUUGAAUGUUGCCCGAAACUAACAUGCGAGUGCGACAGGAACCGCUGUUCACAACAAAAACACAUUUGUGAUGCUGGCUUUGAGGUGAAAAUCAGUGUCUCAAAUGAAACCUGCUGCCCUACCUACACAUGUGAGCCCAAAGGCGUGUGUGUCUACAAUGCUACUGAGUACAGGCCAGGUACAGAGUUCCCCAAAAGCCUGUGUGAGCAUUGCUACUGUACCCAACAACAGGAUCCAAGCACCAUGUUGAACAUCAUAAAGUGCAACAAGACUCAGUGUUCUGACACGUGUGAUCUGGGUUAUAAGUAUGUAGAGCAGCCUGGAGAAUGCUGUGGAUCAUGUGUACAGCAAAGCUGUGUUUUUACAGUUCCAGGCAUUUCUACCCCUAUCGUUCUUCAGCCUUCAGAAACCUAUUCGCCACCAAAUGACAAUUGCAACAAGUAUGAUUGCCAGAAAGAAAACGAUAAAUUCACACUGCGGACAAACCACACCACCUGUCCUCCAUUUGAUCAAGAUAACUGCAUUCCGGGAACAGAGAAAAGUGACAUGAAUGGAUGUUGUCUAACAUGUACUCCACGUUACAGCUGUCAGAUGAACAGGACCACCACCUACCUGAAAACAAACAAUUGCACAUCAGUUCAGCCAGUGGAGCUCACAGCCUGUGAGGGAUCCUGUGGAGCGUCUUGGUCAAUGUACUCAGCAGAUUUCAACAGCAUGAUGCAUUCAUGUUCCUGCUGUGUGGAAAUGACCACCAGCAAGAAGGAAGUGGAGAUGCGCUGCACUGAUGGCAGCACCAUUAACCACACUUACAUUUCUGUUGACAAGUGUGGCUGCCAGGUUACUAAAUGUGAAGACAAAAACAAAGUUUAAUGACAAAAGGAGACCUGAACAUUUAAUGUUUGUGGGGAUAAAAAAAAAUCAGUCUUUUUAAAUUAUGUCAAAAACUAAUAUAAUUGUCAAAAACACAAUUUAUGCAACGAAUUUAUCCAAAAAAUGGAAACUUUCAAAAUGCAGACUUGUGCUGAUGUCAAACAUCCAAAUCAAAGGGAUUAUUUAAGAUUUUGCCAUCUGUCAUUUCCUCCUUGUCAUUGCUUAAGUAACAAUAAGUUGCUGUAUCUCAUAUUUCAUACUUCUACCUUCAGCUUUAAUAAAGUUUCAAUUGAAUAAUG